AAUCAUUCUUACAGCUUUAUUGGAUGAUUGUGAUGGUGUAACAUCAUCUGUUCAUAUAAGAAAAUUUUAACUGCUCUUCAUAUUUUAUCAGCUAUGGUCAUGGAAAUUGAAUCCGUUAAUCAAGCAGUCUAUAACCGCAGCGACCACUGCGGGGUAUGUUGAAAGGCUAACAAAAAGAAAAGUGCAUUGAGAUUUGAGAAAGAGCUUUAUCUGAGAGUAUGAGUGGUGUGAGAGGACAAAUAGCUUCAAGACCUAUGAGGGAGAUAUUUCUUACAUCGUCAUCUCUGUCUUUUUCUUCAUUGUCUUCCUCUGUUUCAUGGGAUGAUGCCAUAGAGCUCAACUUGAAACAGUCCAAAGCAUCUUCUUCUGAGGAUAAGAGUCAUCAUCAGCAGAAUGGGGAGUUUUCAAAUGCUUCUUCUCAAGGCACUGAAAUGUCGGGUUCCACUCAUGUCAGGAUGAGACCACCAGUUCCCUUGAUGGAUAAAGGUGUAGUAGGGAACUACGAUCCUGAAAGAAUCCCUCCAUCGGUGUUUGGCAAGACCGGGGAUGUGACUUGGAGCGAACUUUCGAAUGAGUCUUUGUUUAGUCUGACAUUUGAUGGGUAUAGAAAGUCAAACGCUCAAGCACCUCGUCAAAGCAAUAUAAAAGCUGAAGAGGUUUUGAUGUCCCCGUCUCUGCUAUCCACACCAGAGGAUACAAAAGAGAAGAGAUCUGAAGAGAGAGAGAUAAAGAAUGGAGACGAAACAAGAGUGGAGACUCAGAGUCGUAUUCAUCAAGAGAAGUACUACUCCUUGUCAACUCAAGAUGUCCCAUUGAGUUCUAUCCCCAGCAACUUCUAUUGCUUAUAUGCACCCGCCAAAAAGGAUCAAUAUUAUUCCCUUCCUGUAGGUGAGAACAAGAGAAAGAAGACAAGAAAGAGCAAGAUUAAGAAGAAGAAG